AUGGAUAAAUGUAAACCAGUUCCCACACCCGUAGGAGAGGGUGAAAUAGAGUCAGAUGGAGAAAUAGAGUACUAUGGAGAAGAAAAAUCAAAUUAUCCUUAUAGAGAAGCCGUAGGAAGUCUCUUGUAUUUAUCGACCAGAACUCGGCCAGAUAUAGCAUUUGCUGUUAGUAAAGCUAGUAGGUGUAUGGAGAAUCCUGAAAAGAAGGAUAUAAUUGCCAUAAAAAGAAUUUUUAGAUAUCUUUCUGGUACUUUAGAAGAAGGUUUGUGCUACAAAUUCGGUUCAGAUCUAAAACUUACCGCUUUCUGUGAUUCAGAUUAUGCGAGCGAUCUUAAAACAAGGCGUAGUACAACGGGCUAUGUUUUAAUGAUGUCAGGUGGUCCUAUUUCAUGGUGCUCCAGAAGACAGCCAAUUGUAUCGUUGUCUUCUACAGAAGCAGAAUUUAUAUCUGCAGCUGAAUAUUGUAAGGAGGCUAUGUUUAUAAAAUCUCUUCUUAAAGAUCUGAAUAUUGAUAUAAAACUUUCAUUUCAUAUUGACAAUCAAAGCGCUAUUGCAUUAAUUAAAAAUGGUGUGUUUAAUAAGAAGUCCAAGCACAUAGACAGCCUUGAAACGUCAAAAAAACGAGCGCUUCGUUGUUUAGUGGCGUUCUGA